UCUCUCUCUUGCUUCGCUGUUUCUUCCCAUUUUCUGGUUUCGUCUCCCUGUCUCUCCAACUCUCUCUUUGGAUGUUAUUAUCUGUCUCUCUCUAAGGCUCUCCCAUAUUCUAACUGUUAUCAGAAUUUUUUUUUCUCUUUUUCUUUCUCUUUUAAAUGUGAACCAAAUUUGUCAAUUUUGUGUAAAUUAACUUUUUGAUUAACCAUAAUCAUGGUUAAAUUAACUUCACCUCAGUUAAUGAACGAGGGAAGCUCUAGUUUCCUAAGAGCAGCCCGAGCCGGUAAUUUGGAGAAGGUUUUAGAAUAUCUAAAUGGAAGCCUUGACAUUAAUACUAGUAACAUGAAUGGUAUGAAUGCUCUUCAUUUAGCCUCAAAAGAAGGACAUUCGGAAAUGGUUAAAGAACUAUUAAAACGAGGAGCCAAUGUAAAUGCUGGAACUAAUAAAGGAAAUACAGCUCUUCAUAUAGCCUCACUUGGUGGUAAAUUAGAGGUUGUUGAGAUUCUGGUUGAAAAUGGAGCCAAUGUUAAUGCACAAAGUCUCAAUGGUUUUACUCCCCUUUACAUGGCAGCUCAAGAAAACCAUGACACGGUGGUCAGAUAUCUCUUAUCCCAUGGAGCUAACCAAAGUUUAGCAACGGAAGAUGGUUUUACACCCUUAGCCGUUGCCCUGCAACAGGGUCACGAUAAAGUAGUUACCAUUCUCUUGGAAAAUGAUACCAAAGGAAAAGUUCGACUUCCUGCUUUACAUAUUGCAGCUAAAAAAGAUGAUUGUAAAGCGGCAGCAUUACUACUCCAAAGUGACCAAAAGCCCGAUGUCACAUCUAAAAGUGGAUUUACCCCUCUUCAUAUAGCAGCACAUUAUGGCAAUGAAAAUAUUGGUACACUCUUAUUAGAUAAAGGAGCCAACAUUAAUUUCACUGCAAAGCACAAAAUUACACCAUUACAUGUUGCAGCUAAAUGGGGAAAGGCUCAUAUGGUUCAACUCCUAUUGGACCGUGGAGCUCAAAUUGAUGCAGCUACAAGGGAUGGACUUACUCCCUUACAUUGUGCUGCUCGAAGUGGACAUGAGCCGGUUGUUGAUUUACUCUUAAAAAGAGGAGCACCUUAUUCAGCCAAGACUAAGAAUGGAUUAGCACCUCUUCACAUGGCUUCUCAAGGUGAUCAUAUAGACUCAGCUCGUACUCUUUUGGCUUAUAAAGCACCUGUAGAUGAUGUUACAGUGGAUUUCCUGACACCUUUACAUGUCGCUGCUCAUUGUGGACAUGUUAAAGUGGCUAAACUAUUACUUGACCACAAGGCUAAUGUUAAUGCGAGAGCUCUUAAUGGAUUUGUACCGUUACAUAUUGCAUGUAAAAAGAAUCGUAUCAAGGUGGUUGAAUUACUCCUUAAACAUGGUGCAUCUAUUGAAGUUACCACGGAAUCUGGAUUAACUCCUUUGCAUGUUGCAUCUUUCAUGGGAUGUAUCAAUAUUGUUAUUUAUCUCAUCCAAAAUGGAGCCGAUGUUGAUGGAGCCACCGUGAGAGGAGAAACACCCAUUCAUUUGGCUGCAAGAGCCUCACAAUCGGAAAUAAUUAAAAUAUUAUUGAGAAAUGGAGCUCUUGUUGAUAAAACUGCAAGAGAGGAUCAAACUGCUCUUCAUAUUGCAUCUCGAUUGAAUAACACGGAGAUCGUUCAACUAUUAUUGACCAGAGGAGCUUCGGUUGAUGUCGCAACCAGAGAUCAAUACACUGCUCUUCAUAUCGCUUCCAAGGAAGGUCAUCGGGAAGUUGCUGCUUAUCUUCUUGAACAAGGAGCAUCUUUAACAGCGACAACUAAGAAAGGCUUUACUCCAUUACACUUGGCAGCUAAAUACGGCAAGAUCACCGUUGCUGGACUGUUGCUUGAGAAGGAAGCUCCUGUUGAUGCUCAAGGAAAGAAUGGAGUUACUCCUCUUCAUGUGGCUGCUCAUUAUGAUUUUGUUGAUGUUGCAAUACUAUUACUCGUAAAAGGAGCAUCGCCUCAUGCAACAGCUAAAAAUGGAUACACACCUUUACAUAUUGCCGCUAAAAAGAAGCAAAUUGAAAUCGCCACAACACUAUUGGAAUAUGGUGCUGACACUAACGCUGAAUCUAAGGCUGGAUUCACUCCGCUUCAUUUAGCAGCCCAAGAGGGACACACUGACAUGGGUGAAUUGCUGAUUAGCCACAAAGCAAAUGUUAAUGCUAAAUCCAAGCUUGAAUUGACACCUCUUCAUCUUGCUGCUCAGGGUGAUAGAGUCGCUGUUGCCCAAGUAUUGCUUAAGAAACGAGCUGAUGUUAAUGUUCAAACGAAACAAGGAUACACUCCACUCCAUGUCGCUUGUCACAAUGGUGCUGUUGGUAUGAUCAAACUGCUUCUGCAGGCGGGAGCAAAUGUUGAUAUAACAACUCAGCAUGGAUAUACUCCUCUCCAUCAAGCUGCUCAACAAGGACAUACAUUGGUCAUAAACUUGUUGCUUGACCACAAAGCAUCACCAAACAAGACUACCAAUCUUGGAUACACUCCGUUGGCUAUUGCCCAGAAAUGCAAUUAUAUCUCAGUCGUUGAAACUUUGAAAACCGUCACUGAAGUUACAACAACCAGUAUUAUAACAACUACUACCGGUGAAAAGUAUAGUUACAAUAAUCCUGAAACUAUGCAAGAAACAUUCAUGACUACAGAUUCUGAAGAUGAAGGUGGUGAAGGUGCCGAUAAUUGGGAGAAAGCUAAUCUCAAUUAUGAGAAAGGUGAUGGUGGUGAACACGAUGAAUCAUUUGGAUUUGAUGUUACCCAUGAUGAAUCAAUUUCUCGUGCUGGUGAUUUAACAGCUCACGCUCCUUUGAUUGCUGAUGAAACCAUUUCACCAAGUCAUAUUAUUAUGCAAGAAUCCAUGAUAAACAACUUUACCCCCGAUAAUAUUGACAUCUUCCGGCCACCAACGUCUGCGGGACGAUUAAAAUGGAAAACAUUCCUUGUGAGUUUCAUGGUUGAUGCUCGUGGUGGUGCUAUGAGAGGCUGUCGUCAUUCUGGUGUGAGAGUUAUUAUUCCACCUCGAAAAGCUCCGAUGCCCAUGAGAAUAACCUGUCGAUACCUGAGAAGGGAAAAGCUUAUCCACCCUCCACCCUUGAUGGAAGGUGAAGCUUGUGCCUCAAGAAUUUUGGAAAUCGGUCCAUCAGGAGCUAAAUUUUUAGGUCCGGUGAUAAUUGAGGUUCCACACUUUGCUGCUAUGAGAGGAAAAGAACGAGAAAUUAUCAUCUUAAGAAGUGAUGAUGGAGAAAGCUGGAGAGAACACUCUGUAGAAGCAUCGGAAGACACUAUUCGAGAGAUUCUCAAUGAUAGUCUACAAGGAGAAUCAGAUUUGAAUAACCUAGAUUCUGAAUUUGCAUCCGAUCGUAUAACUCGUAUUCUGACGACUGAUUUUCCGCAAUAUUUUGCCAUCAUUACUCGGAUUCGUCAAGAAGUUCAUGCCAUUGGACCGGAAGGAGGAAUGGUCAACUCUACUGUUGUACCUCAAGUUCAGGCUAUUUUCCCUGAAGGAGCCCUCACUAAGAAGAUCAAAGUUGGACUCCAGGCUCAACCGAUAUCCUCUGAACUGGUUGCUAAAAUGUUAGGUAAUCGUGUUGCCGUUAGUCCAAUUGUUACGGUGGAACCACGUCGACGUAAAUUUCAUAAACCGAUAACAUUGACCAUACCUGUACCUCAAGCAGCGACCAGAGGAAUGAUCAACAAUUACACCGGAGAUACACCAACAUUAAGAUUACUUUGCAGCAUAACAGGAGGAACCUCAAAAGCUCAAUGGGAAGAUGUCACUGGUUCAACUCCGCUUACUUUUGUUAAUCAAUGUGUUUCAUUUACAACUACGGUCUCAGCAAGAUUUUGGUUAAUGGAUUGUCGUCAGAUCAAUGAAGCGACCAAAUUUGCUACUGACCUUUACCGUGAGGCGACUGCAGUUCCUUUCAUGUCGAAAUUUGUUGUUUUCUCAAAGCGUCAUGAUCCCUCUGAAGCUCAAAUGAGAAUAUUCUGUAUGACUGAUGAUAAGGAAGAGAAAACUCUUGAAAAUCAAGAACAAUUUACCGAAGUAGCCAAGAGUCGUGAUGUCGAGGUAUUAGAGGGUAAAUGUCAAUACCUCGAAUUUGCUGGUAACCUGAUACCUGUAACCAAAUCGGGUGAACAAUUAAAUCUAACCUUCCAAGCUUUCCGAGAGAAUAGACUUCCCUUUUUAAUAAGAGUUCGAGAUUCAUCUCAAGAACCUUUCGGUAAAAUUGCCUUCAUGAAAGAACCACGAAAAACUCGAGGUGAAGCUCCACAAGUGCCAAUAUGCAAUUUAAACAUCAAAUUACCUGAAAUAAUCUUGGAAGAGGAACCAAUUGUUAUUAAUAAUUAUCAACAACAAUUUACCGAUGUCCAUUAUAAUAUUAAAUCAGAAACCAUCCAAAGAUCAGCACUAGAUGAUGACGAUAUUAUCUUGAAUGCUGAUCCAUCAAUAAUGCAAAUGGGACAAGAAUUGGGUAAAGAUUGGAUUAAAGUUGCCUCUCACCUUGAUGUUGAUCCAAUUGAUACGGAAAAGAUUAAGAGACAAUUUAAUAAUCUUGAAAGUGAACAAGCAACCGCUUUAUUAUAUAAUGUUGACCGUAAAUCAUCAAUAUGGAAAAACAAGCAACUAUGUAAAGCCCUUUGGGACAUUGGUAGGAAAGAUCUGGUUACCAAAUUUUACCCUGAACACAAGAAUCAUUUAGCUGAAUUUGGAAUUAAACUAAAUGGUAAACAAAACGAUGAACCAAAUGAAACAAUCGAAAGCUCAAAAAGUCUUCCAACUGAACGAGAAGUUACUCUUGACGAUAAAGAUAUUAUGAAGGAUGCUGAAUCUAUGGACGAUAGUGAAGGUGAACCUGGAAUCUUACUUGGUCAGUCCACAGUGACCGCUACAGCUAAUAAAAUACCUUCUCAUGAAACCAAAGGACGAGAAGAUGAGGAAAGGGCUUCAGCGGUUCAACAAUACCUGAAGUAUUUGGAAGACGAGGAUCGGGAAGAUUCGGAAGAGAGAGCUGCUUUUAGAGGAGAAAAGACCAAUUCUAAUGAAUUAUACAUAAUUAAAGAAGAAAUUCAAGUUCCAAGUGGUGAUUCGAGUUCAAUUAAAUCAACUAAUCAAAUUUCCAUAACUUCCCCUGAAUCCACCCAUGAAACUGAAUCUCACAUUAAAACCGAGGAGAACAUUGAAUUCACUGAUGAAGGUGGAUUGACUCACUCUAUUACUCAAGUCACGAAAACAACGAUAAUUCAAGAUACUGAUGAACCUAUUCAAGUCCAGCAACGUCUUCAAAAGCAACAACAAUCCCAACCUCAGGAUGCUCAAGGUAAACAACAGGAAUCAGGGUAUUCAAAUGAACCAGACACAAUUAGCCAAGUAUCAAUUUCAAGUAUUCCUGAGGACGAUAAAUCAGAUCCCACCUCGGCAAAUAUAUCGAGUGCAACCACCACCACCACCAAUGCAAGUGAUGUUAGGAUGACCACCGAGGAACCAGGAACCAAAAUAACCGUUGAACAAAAUGGAAAUUCAGUUAAUCAUGAGGAAUUCAAUCUGAUUGCGGAAACUAUAAUUCGUCAAGUGUACGAUGAGGUUUUUGAACUAAUUCGAACCAAGAAGAUCACAAUUGAUGAUAAAGAAUGGUUUGAAACCGAAGCCUCUGGUGAUGUUGUUCACAUAAUCGAGCAGAGUACAACCUGUGAACGAACCAACGAUAAAAGUGAUCUGAUUGCUGACGAAAAUGACCAUGAAAUGAGUUAUUCGGAAAAGAAAGAUUAUUUUACCAAACUAUCAAACGAUUCUAAGGUAAAACCAGUUCCCCCUGCGUCGCAUUACUGUCGCUCAUCAUCAAUCGAAACCAGUGGAAUGGGUAAAGAUGAUCGUCGACCAUCAGAGGGAGAAAUCGUUGAAACGGUUGGAGCUUUUAACGAUCGUCGAGCUUAUUUUGAAGCAACUGGAGGUCGUCGAUCAUAUUCAAUUGACAUUGCCAAUAUGGACGAAGCUCGAACUGCUUAUUCAACAUCGUUAGUCCAAAGAUCAACUGGAACAAAGGGAACAUCACAAUCGACUUUUACCGGAUUGACAGAAAAGCUUGAGGAGGAAGAAGACGAGGAAAACAAUUCCAAGGGUAACUUGUAUUCUAAUUCAUUUAAUAAUCUUGUUAAUCGUGAAUCAAUUGGCAAAAGUGGUUGCGAGGUUUCUGAUGUUGAUGUUAUCGUUGAUGAGUCAAGUGAAAGAAACCAAGAGUAUCAGAACUUUUUAUCGCGAGAGCAACUUUUUCAAGCCUUAAAUGAGCUUGAAGCUGAAAUUGAAUUAGCUCAAAGUGAUCUUGAGCUAACUGUUGAUGACGAUUUGAAACAAUUGAACAAAAUAAUAACCACAGAAUCAACAACAACCACAAAAGCAUCUCAAGCUACUACAGCAACAACAACAACCCAAGAGCUUGCAAGUAGAUACCUGAAGUUGAAUAUUAGCAAAACUGAUAAUGAUGAUAAAGAAUCAAAUUUAAAUCAAGUUAAUCAUUAUGAUGAUCAAAUUUUCCGAUCACCAUCUCAAGGUAAAGGUACUUCAUCGAUGCGAUUAAUUGUUCGCAAUCGAGAUGAAGUUUCUGUGAAAGAUUUUCCUACCAAUGAGGUGAACGUGGAAACCGGUGAAAUCGCUCGGCUUCUCGUUCGUCCCGCUCCACCUCGUGUACCUCAAGAAAACGUUGACAGGUCAACCAACGAAUCGCCAUCGGAAAGUUUAGUUGUUUACAAAGUGUGGAAAGGUCCUGAUCCAAUUGAAAGAUGUCCAAGUCCACUUAGGCAGCAAUUUAGUCGAUCACUUCGAGAUGAUGUUGUUGGCCUUUCGUCGUCUUCUGUCAAUAAUGAUAAUCAGAAUGAGAAUGAUAAUUGUUAUAAUAUCGAUGAACUUGUUGGUAAGUUAAGUGAAGAUCAAUCAAUUGCCACCACACUCAAUCAACAAAUAUCUUCACCAUUGACAACAAUCAACCAACAGCAAAAGUAUCUUAUCAAUUGGAGAUCAAUGAAAAACAUAUUAACCCCUGAAGGUUUUGAUUUGAUUGGUCAAGCAAUUGAAAUCGCUUUAAUUAAGAUACCAAAUGAAAAGGGUUACCCAAAGUAUUAUUAUAUCGGUAGAGAGUUAAUUAGAUCACUUAUCGAAUCGAGUCUCGAACGUGUACUUUUCUAUUCCAUUGAGAUGGUUCGAGUUGAUUGCGUUGAAUCAGGUUUAAUUAAUUUAGAUUCUCCUUCCAUUCCUGGUUUAUCCUCUGUUCCAAUUCCUUACUGGCUUCCAUUCACUUCCAAUAAGUUAUCAUCUUCAUCUUCUCCCUCAUUCCUUAAUCCUUCAAAUAUUCUCACCAAAGAUACAUGGUUUCGAUUAGUUGAUGUUCGAAGUGUUUCAACUCAGACAACCUUCCAAUUUGGUCUAAUAAGUCGAUCUAUUCAGACCAAUGUUUCAUUUCUCAAUCCCUCUUGGAAUGAUAAUGAACCUUUCCAUAGAUACGAUUCACCUGAAAUCGAUAGUGUUCAAAGUAGUUCGAUCAUUGAAUGGGUCAGUAAGACUGGUGGACAUCGUCGACGUCCAUCAGUUUCAACUUUCCGUGAUUCAAUUGACGAUGAUUCUUAUCUAAUGUCAGCUGAUUGUCGGUUAACUAAUGCAAGUUGGGCCGCUGAUAGAGCGACUCAAACAACAACUUCAGAGGGAGAAUUGUUUUCCGAAGAGUAUUUUGAUAUUGAUGAUUUAGAUGAUGAUAGUUUGAAAUCUGAGUUUGAAUCUGUUGGUGAAGAUGUUGAUUCAGAUUCUGAUGAAAUGUCAUCAAGUGAACUGCAAAGGUAUCAAGAUUUAAUCGCUGCAAAUGAAGCCAUUGAAACAGGUCUAAUGGCUUUGGUAGCCGGAGAAUUGGCUCUUCUAACAACUGAAUUGGCUUGUGAGGAGGGAAAUGAAAAAUCAGAAGAAUCAAGCUCAGCUCCUCCCUGUAUAUUAUAUAAAGGGAAUGAUAUUCCUUGGCUUGAUGAUGAUGGCUGGAAUAGUGAUGAACAAAGAUAUACAUGUAACGGUAAACCUAAUAGCCUAUCAGUUCACCGAGGUAGUCACUCUCACUCAUCUGAUACUUCAAAUGAUUGUAAGGAUAACAGAUUAUCUGAUGAUGAAGGUGAAAUUGCAGAUAAAUCUGAUAAUCUCAGAGUGAUCCAAGAUCGACUUGCUAAUCGUACCUCAAGAUCACAUUCAAAGCAUUCAUCAUCUAGUGAAGGUUCAGUUGUAUCAACAGGCUCACAAACCGAUGAACUUGAACUCAGUUCCAUGCCAAAAUAUCUUGAAACUGAUCUUGAUGCCGUUGAAAUUAUCGAUGGCAAACUGAGUUUUCCAAAGGUAAAGGUUAAAAAAGUCAAGAAGGUAAUUUGCCCUGAGGAGAAAAAAGUUGACAAAGUGAUGGAUCAACAUGAUGAACGUUCAAUCAUGUCAACUCAAGAAUCACUUGAAUUUGAUUAUCAAGAUGAUGAGGCUGAGAUGGUUGAGGAAAUCAGAGCGAUUCUAAAUUCUCAGGUUGAACCUGGACUUUUAACUCGAUCGAAAGAAAGAUCAACCCCGAACAAAAGAUCUUCGAGUGAACUACAGUUCGCUUUUGACGAUAGAUUUGAACAAACAGAAGCAUUCGAGACUUCAGAACUCAGAACUAGAGAUUUAGGGGAAUGUUUGAGCGAAAGUGAUAAAAUUAUCUCGUCAGAAUUUGAAUAUUCUAAUUGUCUCGUUGAAACAUUGAACAAUUCAGAAUCUAAGGUUCCUGAGGAAGUCGAUAAGCGUGCAAAUAAUGAAGAGAUUGAAUCUCAGUCUGAAUACGAAUCUUUAUCUGAUUAUUUUGAUGAUUCAGUUGAAUUAGUUGAUGAAUAUGAAGAAACAGUUGAUAAAGUGAUUAAACCUAAAUUCAGUGAGAUUAUGAAUUAUCCAUCAUACAUAAUACCUGAACCUCCAAUUGUUUAUAUUCCUGAUGAAAGUCAUGAAGAUUCAGUGGAUAAUGAGCAAGAUUAUUGUUGGAUACUGAGUCAAUAUGGCUCACCGAAAGUUAAACAAGCCCUCUUUCAAAAAAUCAAAUCAAUUGAAUCAAAUUCUGGUGAACAUCAAGAAAGUUCAUCGAAUGAAAUAAUCGAAUCAACUUCGGCUCUACACCCAGAAAAUCAGUUCGUUUCAACUGUCGAUAAAAGUUCAGUUCCAUCAACAAGCUUCGAGCCAUCAGAAAAUCUAUUUGUAGAUAAUUAUUUUCCUGAAGAAAUGAGGAUAGAAAAUUCUGAAAUUACUGAACAAGAACCGAAAAUCAGUGAGACUAAACUAUUUUCAGAACAAUUUGAUGAAAAUAAUAAUUUGAUCUCAUCUAAUAUUGACGAUGAAAAAGACGCUUCCAUGGUGAUAGAACCCAUGAAACAAUGUUUCGACUCGAUUUCAAUCAGAAGGCAAAUGGAUGAACUUUUAGAUGACAAUGAUGAUGAUCAGCUUAACUUUGAUGAGCUAAAUGCUGAGAUAAAUGAAAUGGUUUCUUCAUAUGAUCCUGAGAUUGAUCAAGAUCAAUAUGAAGAUAAUCCUGAUUGGUACUAUGGAUUUGAGAGUCAACAAUAUGAUGAAACAAUCGAGCCUGAUCUUGAGGUUCCUUGUGGGGUUUCAGUACAGAAUCAGGGUAGAAAAUCAUUGAGGAAACAAUCAUCUGAAAGUAUCGAACCAGAUUAUGAAGAUUACAGGGAAGAGAUCGAAAUGAAAAAUGAAACUUCAACAUAUGCUAGUCAAGUAUUAGGAGCGAUCAAGGAUAAAAUUGCUUCGUUCCUGAAUCGACCAAGUGUUUUGUCCGAUGAAGCGAUUGAUGAACUUUCCGAAGAUACAACAAAUCAGUAUGACGAGAACAACAAUCUAAUUGAACCAAAUGAAAUGUUGAACAAGUUACCAACCCAAUUAGAAUCAUUAUCGACAUUGGAAAGUAAAGAUAUUGUCUCGUUGAAGAAAAGCUUGGACAUUGGAUGCGAGUUCAGUUAUCCCCAAACGAUUGAAUGUCUCAUGAUGAAUCCUGAGGGUGUUCAAAGUACUUCGAGUAAAACUGAGCCUGAAUCUGAAUUAGUUACGAUCAGAAUUGAAGAUGAACCAGAAAUCAGAGAUGAAGUUAAACAUGGAAAAGAAAUCGAUGAUAUUCCAAUAGAAAAUGUUGAUAUCGAUGAUUUUAAUGUACCGGCAAAAUCAAUUGUACUUUCUACUGAAAGUUCAGAUGAAAUUGCUCAAGCUACUGAGCCAAAGUCGAGUAUCGGUCUUGAUCGUGGGCAGAAUAACUUUGAUGGCUCUUUGAUGACUUCGUCCCUCAAGUUUGACUCAAUUACAAUAGAUUCUGAGGUUGUCUUUACACCAGGAAAUGUUUCCACUGAAAUAACAAGUUCUGAUUAUGAUCCAGAUCAAGUUAACUUACCUGAAAGUUUGAUAGAAAAUGAAAUAAUCUCUUCUGUCGAUGGAGAACUAGACUCGAUUGGAAUCGAAAGAAACGAGAAAUCUGUCCAUAGGCGCUCAUUAGAGUUCGAUAUUGAUGAAGAUGAGUUAUCUCGAGCAAUUAGUGAUGAUACAAAUUCUGAAAGGAAAAGUUCAUCUGACGGAGGUGAAGUUUCGAGUAAAUUUGGUCCAUCAGGUUCCGAAUACGAUACAGCAGUUACCGACCAGUCGAGUUCUAGUUAUAAAACAGCGAUUCCAUUUUCAUCUGAUGAUAAUUCAUUUGCUACAUUACAAUCAUCUUCUUCCCUUGAAUCAAUCAAUUCAAUCGAAUCAGAUAAAUCAGUAAUUUAUACAGAGCUCGAGCCAUCGUUGAUUGAAAUGAGAGUUUCAAAAGAAACUAACGAUUAUCGAAACGACCAUGAUAACUUAAUGGACGAACAAUUGACCCAAGAGCCUAUCGUUGAUGGAGGAUCAGAUCACUUGGUGGAUGAAACUGAACCCUUACAGAAUUUGAGCCAAGUUGGAAGAUCGAAUCAAAUUCAAUCACAAUUCGAUGAUUUGAGAGAAAUGAUGAUGAGAAGAACUGAAUCAUUAGAUUCAGACGAAUAUGAUGAAUUAACAUUUAUUGCUGACGAUUUGCAUCAAGAUCCAAUUGAAUCGUUCGAUAUAUCGACCGAGGCCAAUAAAUUGAAAGCUCGACUUCUCGAUAUUCUUAAUAGACCAACUGCUUUAACCGAAGUGAAAACUUUGGAAGAUGAUGAAGUAGCUGAAUCAUCUUCUUUGAAUACUAGUGGUUCGAAUGAGGAAGAUGAACCGGAAGAAGAUAAUGAAGAUGAGACAUUAGAUCAACUAAUUGAUGAAGAUAUGGAUGAUGAUGUUUUCGAUGAUGAGAAAACUAUUGAUGAAAUUGACGCAAACGAAAACGGUGAAUGUACAUUCGAUGAGAUCACUGAGCUUGACACAAUCACCCAAAGUUUUGAAGACCAAUUGAUUGACCAAUGUGAAUAUAUGGAAAGUUUUGUUGAAGAUUUUAAAUCACACGGAGAUGCGUUAAUUGUUGACACAAUUGAGGAAUCAAAUGAGUCACAAAAUGUUAUUACUAGAGAAUCACCAUUGAAAGCAAAUAUUGGCGAAACAAUUAGCGAAGCACAAUCAGUCGCUCAAUCAAAUACAAUAGACAUUCAGUUCGAGCCUGAAAAUGUUGAUGAAUUGAAAAUCCAUGAUGAACAAAUUGAGCAAGAUGCUAUUUCCAAUUUAUCGGAUGAUGUUAAAUCAGUGGACUCGAUGAUCCAUGAGGCUAAAUCAAAUCCUCUGGGCAUUCAAAUUGUUCAUAGUUUUGAUGAUGAGGAACCGGAGCUUGUUGAUAAUAUGACAGAAAUUACUGAUGAACUUAAAUCAGAUGCUGUUCUUUCAGAAUCACAUUUGAUAUCGAAUUCUGGAGAAACGCUGAGCGAUGUCCAAUCAAAUUCAGGCGACACUCAAACUGAAUUUCAUGUUAACGAUUAUGAGUCCGAAGCUGUUGAUAGUAUGAGAGAGAAAAGUUCAGUUGAGACACAAGUUAAUAAGGAAUAUGAACUCAAUUCAGAGCCGUUUGAUUUAAUUCCACCAAUGGGUGAACUGAAAAUUUUAGAAACUGUUGUUAACCAAGUUGUUGCUGAUUCGUUAGUAAUUAAUCAAUCGACUACUGAAAUAAUUGAAUCAAGUGCUGAGCUUGAAACUGAUCAACUGAAAACAAUUAUGUUAGAACCUAAUAUGAGUGUUUCAGUCGAUCAACAUGGUGCUGGAGAUGAAAUCCUUUCUCCGAAAUUUGAAAUCGUUGAUGAAAUUGAAACUUUUGUCGUUGAGCAUUUAGAGCCCUCAUUGUCUUUAUCUCUUGAAUUUCAAUCACCUAAGGCUGAAACUGUUUCAGAAUCUCAAGGAACUUCUAUUGACAAACAUGAGAUUGAUGAUUUCUCAGAUGCUUUUGAAACAAUUACUAUUGAUAAUUCUGUAGUCAAAUCGGCUGAAGAAACGGAGACUCAAUUCACUCAUGAGUUGAAAUCAGAAUUUCUUGAGUCUAAAAAUGAGCUCGAAGAAAAUAUCAAUGAACCUGAUUCAGAUUCCAAACCUAUUGAUGUUACCAUUACAAGCAAUGCCUGUGAUAAAGUGAAGGGUGAUAUGGGUGAAGAUAAACCAAUCGAUUCAUCGGAAGCCGUUAUUUUACCAGUGAAUGAAUCUGAACAUUGUCUCAGAGAUCUUGAAGAAACUGGUCAAGAUGAAAUCUCGUAUGCAACGGAUGAUAUUAAAUCAGUUAACUCAAUGAUUAGCGAAGCUCAAUCAAAUCUUGUAGACGCUCAAAUCGAUCCAAAUGUUGAUAAUGAGAGAUCAAAAGUCGUUAAUAACUUGAAAGAUAAAAGCCUAAUGAAAACAGAAACUACUGAGAAUCGUGAGCUCAAAUCAGAACCAGUUACGUUUAAUUUAUCUGUAGAUGAUGAAAUCAAUGAGCUUGACACAAUCACCCAAAGUUUUGAAGACCAAUUGGCUGACCAAUGUGAAUAUACGGAAAGUUUUGUUGAAGAUUUUAAAUCACUCGGAGAUGAAUCAACUGUUGAUACAAUUAUAUCAAUUGAGGAAUCAAAUGAGUUAACAAAUAUCGUUCUUACCGAAUCAAAUUUGAUGUCAAAUAUUGAAGAAAUGCUUGUUGAUGCCCAAUCAAGUUCAAUCGACGCUCGAAUCGAGUCGAAUAACAAUGUUGAUGAAUUCGAAGCCAAUGAUAAUAUGAGAGAGAAAAGUUCAGUUAAGACACAAGUUACUGAGGAAUAUGAACUCCAAUCAGAUCCUAUUUCGUUUAAUUUACUUACAUCGGCAGAUGAACCAAUAAUCUUAGGAACUAUAGUCGAUCAGAAAGCUACUGAUUCUUUGACAAUCAAUCAACCAACUACUGAGAUAAUUGAGUCGGUUGCUGAAAUCGCAACAGAUCAACUGAAUACAAUUAUAUUAGAAUCUGACAUGAGUGUUUCAAAUGAUCAAUGCAAAGAAGUUGUGGUUAAGGAUCAAGUCCUUACUGAGAAAUCUGAAUUUGUCGAUGAAAUAGAAACUCUCGUUGUUGAGCAUUUGGAACCCUCAUUAACUUCAUCUCUUGAAUUUGAAUCGCCCAAAACUGAAACGUCUUUAGAGUUAGAGAGUUCUGUUAAUUAUGCUGUUAAUGGUUCGAUAACAACCAAGCAAUUAUCUACUGAGAUUGUUGAGUCGAGUGAUGAAGGUGAAAGUAUCGAUAUCUGGGAAUCUAUUGAUCAAUCGGAAGAAUCAGAGGUCUCUGGUAGAACUGACGAAUUCAAAGAUGUGCUUGAGUAUUUUGAAGAAAAUGGAUUUGACCUGGAUGAUUUAGAUUCUGACGUUCAAGAUGAAGAUAAGUUUGCAACAGUUAGAAGGAGAAAAUCAACUGAUCCACAGUCAGGCCAUUUGUGUGAAUCUAUUGAUGCAACUGAUACUGAAAUCGAAGCUGAAAAAGCUCUUGCAAACUCUGAAGUGAAUUUGCAAUCAAAAAUGAAACUAGAAAAUGAAGUCAAAGAGCUUCAUGAAACUGACAGAAAAUCGUCAGAAGAUAGAGCUGAACCUUCAUACGAUGAGCGAGGGUCGGUCGAAACAAGAGAAGGCUCCGUUACUCCGACAAAUAUUGAUACGAAAGAAACAGAUACAGUGUUUGCUUCCAAAUUGGAAUCUGAAUCAGUAAUUACAGUUGUAAAUGUGAAUGAUGCUCUAGCUGGAGAAAAUCAACAAAAAACAACAGACAGUAAAGAAUUCAUUUCGAAAGAUCAACAAACAGUCGAUAAAUCACCUGAGAUUUUGAGUAAUUCACCAAAUCCACUUGCUUCAAGUGAAGAUGAUUUAAGUUUCCUUGAAGAAGAAGCUAGCAAGGCUUCAAAGAUCCUCGAAUCAGUUGGUCAGCCUAAACAAUCAACAUCGAUUUUAGAUCAACAGGAAAUUGUUUCACAAAUUGAGAAGGAUGAAAGAGAACAAGUUCUAGUCAACAAUGUUGUGGAAGAAUCGAAACUUAUCCAGAAAUCAGAUAGUGUUGGAAUAGUUUCAACGGACAUAAUGUACGCUGAUUCUGAAAAAUUAGAAAUUCGAGUUGAAACCGAUCACAUUGAGAAAGAAACUGCAAGAAUCAGUGAAAAUUCUAGUGCCCGAGACGAUCUAAAGGAUACUAUGAAAGACCAUGAAAAAGUUUUCUCAACAUAUGCAGAAUCCGAGCCAUUAGUUACCACGAAAAUUAUUGACCCAGAACUUGACGAAUAUCAAAAUGAAAGAAUCGAUAAACUAAGUGAUGAGAAAUCAUAUCAAUGUGAAGAAAAUUCAAUCGAUUCAGUUGAUGACCUAAACAAAGAAACAUCUGACCACAAAGAACUCAAUGAGACAAUCAAUGAAUCUCAGAUUAGCGAAAGCUCAUCGACUACCCAACCCAAUAAAAGUUCAUCUAACAUCAUGAAACACCAAGAAAAAAUAGAAUCAAAUGUUCAUACAGAAUUGGUUGAGAUCGAUAAUCAAGUUAAGAGUGAAUUCAGUAUAUCAGAUUAUAUUAAUAAUGAAAAAUCAACCAUCUCCAAUGAAGAAAAGUCUGCUGGAAAGAUUGAAUUGCAGAAAACAACAGAAUUGUAUCAACCCAGUGAACCAAUUAUUUUCGAAGUUAAAAGUGAGCCGAAAAAAUCGAUAGAUCGAGAGACUGAAACGAUAGAAAUGAUUGAGGAAAAGUCUAAAGACCCUGAAGCCCUGGAAGAAAAUGAAACAGUUCAAUCAGUCAUCGAAUUAGUUAGUGAUGAACCUCAAAGAUCUGCGAGAUCAAAGAAAACAAUUAAACCAAAAGUCGAUGUAAGUCAAGCUAAAUCGCCGGAGGAACUAUUAAGCCCGAUUUUAGAUGCUGACCAUGAAGCCGAGAUAAUUGCUAAGAAAUUUGAAGAACAAGCUAAAGCUGAGCUGAACGAAGAUGAGAGUAUAAUUGAGAAAGAAAAAGCAAUCAAGGAAAAGGAUGAAAUGAUUAAACCAAAAGAGAAUCAAUCACAAUUAAGCCUUGGUGAUAGUGAAUCAAUCGACUCUCAUAUGCAUGAGAAAAUCGUUCAAAAGUCAAAAGAAAUUUCGAAAACUAAUGAUAAACUUGAAGCAAAAAUAAGGAGAAACAAUUACGAACUUGAGUUCGAAACAGUUCACCAGAAUGAACCAUUCGAAAGCUCUUACGAUUCUAAAGUAAUUACUGAUAUGAAGAGAAGUGAAAAUCUUCUUCAUCGAUCCUCUGAGAUCAGCAUUCGUUUAGUUGAAUCUCAUGUUGAUGAUGAAUUACUUGAAAAAGAAACUGAAUCAGCUGAAAUUUCACCAAAAGAUGAUGUAGAUUGUAUUCAUCUAGAUUCGAUAGGAAUCGAACUUGAUAAUUUACUUGAGAUAACUAGUUUCGAACCGACGGUUCUCUUGAAUGUUGAUCAAUUGAUUACACCAGAAGAAUCUGAAGUUCUAUCAGAUUCAAACCAAACAGAAUCGAAAGUUCAACUUGAACCAACUCAGCUGAUUGAAGAUAAAUCAAUUGUCAAUGAAAUUAAAAUUGAAGCAACUGAUGAUAAGUUAGAGGAGAAGGUUAAAAGUUCUGAUAAAAAUAUCGGAGAAAAAGUUGAAAGACAGAAUAUUGAAGCUAUCGAACAAAUAAUCUUGCCCGAAGUUCAGAUUGAUGAGACUAAAGAAACACAACAAGAUGGAGAUAAAAGAAAUGAUGAGAAAUGCUCAUCAAAAUUCAGUGGCAAUGAAAAAUUAGCUGAAGAAAAGAAGGUUAGACAAAACGAUUCUCAAGAACUUAAUGAUAAUAAGGUUAUCGAAAAAGCCGAAAGUUUAGUUUCAGAAAAAUCAAAAGAAAAAAGCAAAGCCAAAACCGAUAAAUCUACAAUCGAACCCACUAAAAAGACAAAGAUUUCAACCGAUGAAAUUGAUAAGAACGACAAAAACCAACUGAAAAUGAAGUCAUUCCAAAGAAAUCAGCAGAAAACAUGUACAAAUGAAAGAGGAAAAAUCGAUCAAUCUACCAAACAGGUCUCUCCAAAACGCGAUGAUAUUAAAUCUGUAGAUGAGAAAGUCGAAACUAAAAGAAAGGUUGAGUCUAAGGAUAGAAAACUCGAUGAUAUCAAGUCGAUUUUGGAAAAAGAUACAAACAAAGCUGAGAAAGAUCAAAUCAUUGUUACUGAGCUAAAUUCAGAAAAAUCAGAAUCAGUUGACGCGAAGAAAAUUGUAUCAAAAGUUGCUGAAUUGUCGAUUGAUCAGAACAAUGAAAAGAUUGAAAUUGAUUCUGAUUCCACGAAAACUGAGACCCAAUCGAAAGUAAUUGAAAACUUACCUACAAAAUCAGAGGAAAAUUUGAAAUCAUCAGUUGCCAGUUCUAAAGUAAUUAAACCUGUCGAUUCAUCAAUGAUUAACAAAACCGAAUCUGAAACAAUUAGAGAUCAAGUUUCUAUUAAGAAAGAGUCUGAAAAUUCAGCUCAUGAGUCAAAUCUAAAGAUAGAUCCUGUUCUCAAGGUUCAUGACGAUUCCAAAGUGAGAGAUGAACCUCAUCCUGAGGAAAACACCCAAAAAUCAGAUCAGAAAUCAAGAGAUACCCAAAAGACUAGUAUCGCUGAAGAUAAGACAACAAAGAAGAUAAAUAAAUCUCCCCAAAGGGACAAUCUCAGUGAGAUGAGUGAUGUAACCAAGGAAGACAAGGAAGAUAAGAAGAUUAUGAUUAAGGAAGCUCAAAGUGAUGACCAGAAAUCCUCAGACGGAAAUAGAAAAUCAAUAUCAGCGAAAAGCAGUUUAUCUAAUGAUUCGUAUGAUAAAGUUGAUGAGGGAUCGAAAAUAACUAAUCAAGUGAAAGAAACGAUGAUAAAUGAAGAAACAUUGAAAUGUGAGCCAAUUGAAGAGAAAUCAAUCAAAGAUAAUAUGGAUAAUCUCGAAAAGAUAAAAGAUAAAUCAGUCGAAUCUAAUCCAGAAGAGAAACCAAGUAAACCUAAAGUUGAAAAGGUUAAGAAAGGGAUUAGAAAAUCAUCAAUCAAACCGAAAGAAUCAACUACUGUUAAAUCACCAGAGAAACAAUCAGAUUCAACUGAAUCGAUUCCAAUUCAAGAUGAAGAUAAUUCUGUAAGAAUUUCAGAAAAAAGUGAUAAUCUUGUAAAGAGUAAAAAGUUAAUUACUGAUGAUGAGAAGCGAAAAUCAAUAGAAUCGAAUCAGAUAAUCAAAAGAAUACCAUUUAUUGGUGGAGCUUUAACUUGGAAAAUGCCGAUUUCGAGUCCAUUAGAGUUGAGAAAAGAAUCGAUCAAGAGAAAUGACGAAUCUGAUGAAGAAUCGGUGAUAAUUAGGAGAAAGUCAUCAACUAAUAACGAUGUGAAUACGAAAAUUAAUGUUAAGAGAUCGUCAAAGACAUUAAGCAAAAAAGAUACUGAAGCUUUUGCAUCAGCAACAAUCAAGAAAGAGCCUCAAUCCAGAGGCGAUUUAACUUGUGACACUCAACAAUUAGAUGAUUCUUAUCAACUGCAAUCAGAGCCUAUUGAUAAGACAACAAUUAACAAGCAAUUUGACAGCGAAGAAGUGAUCAGAAAAAAGAAAGAGCCAAGUAAAAGUCCAACUAAGAAAAUGAUCAAGUCACAAUUAACAGAGAAAGAGUCGGUUCGUAAAACUGAAAUGUCGAAAACUGAACAAGAGGGUCGAUCACUUGAGACACUUUCGAGUGGACUAACUUCAAGUAAGAGAGAGCCGAUUGAAAGUCGAGUUAGAAAUGACUUGACUCGAUCACAAUUAACUGACUCUAAGGUAGAAAUUGUUAAUUAUGACUCGGAUUCUGGUACUAAAGGUCAAUCUCGACGUGAUUUAAUACCUCCAAUGAGUCCAAGCCGUCGACCUCCAAGUUUACCUCGAACAACGAAUCGACAUCGAUCCUUAUCAAGAUCAAGAGAUGUUAAAAUUACCAUUCCAAGAAAUGAUUACAAUUACAAUCAACAGCAAUCAAGACCUUUAGAUACAAUUAAUUCAUCUGAUUAUUACAAUCAUUCAAAGUCAAACGAUCAAUCGUUGAAACUGUUUACAUCAUCUCGAUUGAUUGAUGAACAAUCAAAUCGAUUGAGUCGAUUUGAUUGUUACAAUCAAAAUUUAACCAAUUCUCGUUUCGUCAAGUCUUUCCGUCGUUCAUAUGAAUCGUUGAACGAUAUUUAUAAUCAAACAAUCAAUUCAACUAAAUUAAGUCAACCCUUAAAUCGUUGGAAAGAAAAUGAUUAUAAAUCCAACUAUGGUUCUCUAAUUGAAUCAAGAAAAUUUGAUUUCAAAUCAAGUUCAUUAUCGAUUGAUAGAAACAGAAUGAUUCGUUCACUUGAUUACAGUUCACAUCGUUACAUGAAAAGACCACAAUCAGUUAAUUGUGAUUAUGGGAGGAAAAAUAUUCAUUCUAAUUAUCACUCUUCAAAUGAUUAUUCGGCUCUUUUUAAUUCAAUUCGCGAUCGAAUCAAUCAAUUUAAAUCUGAUUGUCGAAAACGUUGGAAAGAAAUUGAAUGUGAUUAUAUUUACCAUAGUUGCCCCGAUAUUUCAUUAUUACAAUCAACUUCUCGAACAAUUAACAGGCCAAAUCGAAAGCGAACUCAAGUUCUAUCAGAGAUGAGUAUGACAUCGAGACCUUCGAGAAAUGUUCAACGAAGAUCUCGACAAUCAGCUGAUUAUUAUGAAUCAACAUCGAUUCGUAAGAGCACAAGUUCAUUUAACAUCAAUUGUGAUCUUAAUUGUGAUGAGAGAAAACAACGAACUCGAACAAUUAACUCUAACCAUGGCAUCGAAUCAUUUAGAUCACGUCCAGCGAAUUCGUAUAAAUCAACUUCAUACUAUUCGUCAGUCCAAGAUCUAAAUCGUUUCGAGAAAACAACAAUUAACCUUAAUCAUAAUCGAAACAAUUAACAAGACAAUACAAGUAAUGCUUAUCUACGAACCUUAGGUCCAAUUAUAAAUUCUAAUCCUAUUAACCAGUUUAAUUAUCGUCCUGCGAGAUUUAAUUCAACUAAAUUAGUUAAUUACGGAGCUCGACGUCGAGAAUCAUCUUCCCCUCCAUCGAUUGGAUUUAAUUGUUCAUCGGUUAAUUGUGAUUCCGAUUAUCAUUCAACUUGGAAUUUAACUUAUGGUUCUGAGAAUAUCUCACCAAUAAGAUCGGUUAAUCAAUCACAAUUAAGAUCAAAUUUAUCAUCAACCAGAGACUAUUACAUAUCCAGUGAGAAAUUAGCUAAUUAUGAUUACGAUCGAUUAACAAUUAGUCGAUCUUAUAUUAAUUUAACUGAUUCAAAAUCGUAUCUAAAUGAUUUAGAAUGGAAAAUAGUUCGAGCUCGAUCUAAUUGGUCUCGAACUGAAUCAACAAUUAAAGUUUCCAAUCAUGAUAAACCCUUAAUUGCAAGUGGACAAUCAAGAAAAAGGUUCAUCACCUCGAGGUGAUCACAAUUAGAUUCUUAAUUGUUGAAGGUUGUAAGAGUUUGAAACGAUCGACAAAACCUUAAUUAACAACAACAAAUCAUUAUCUUAAUUUAGUUACUUAACCAUUUAAUUUAACAAUUAACCAACUAAUUAUAUUAAUAGUAUUCAAAUGUUGGUUAGUUAAUCUCAACGGAAACUGUGAAUAGUUUUAAUCAUAACAAUUAAAAAUUUUAAUUCCACCGGAAAUUGUUAUUCAAGGAUAAUGUAAUUAAAUUAAGUUAACAAUCAGUUAAACAAUUAACAAUCAAAGUUUCACUUUAAAUAAGUUACAAUUAACUCUGUAAACUGUAAUUGCUUCAAUGUAACAGUUAAUUGUGACAAUUUAGUCCAAUUAAUUAAGUAUUAUAAUCAUUUCAAUUGGUAUCUGGUUAAAGUUUUUUUUUUCAAUUGUUGAUUUAAUCAACACAAUUUGUUUAGAUUUGUCAUUAAUCAAAUUAAGUAAUUACGAUAAUUAAGAAUGAAGAAAAAACAAUUUAUAUAUGAAUAUAAAUAUAUUUAAUUACCUACUUAAUUGUUUCAAUUAGUUAAUCAUGUUAAUUAUUAAUUAUCGUUAAAAAAACUUUUUUUUUUCCUUUUUCUUUGUUAAUUGUUACUUAAUUGCUAGAAUCAAAUGAUUAUCAUUAUAAUAGUAUUAAGAUUAUAAAAUUUAUCAUUGUAAUUAAUUAACUAUAUUCCAUAAAAAAGUAAUCAAUUAAUUGUUCAUCGAUUAUUGUUAAAUUAAUUGUGAAAAGAAUCAAAUUAAUUCAUAAUUUUUA